CUAUAUACACUCACGAGCCAGCCAGCCAGCCACCCACCUACGCCACAACACUCAUUGAUUUCAAAGAGACGCGAGGACAUUGCGGUGAAAGGCAAAGUAAAGAGACGGGACGACGUCAAGGACGAUGAGCGCCAAGCCAGACACAGAAGACGCCAGCGAAACGGACCUCGCCAAGCACGACGAAGACGACUAUGUGGAAAUCAAAGAGCAAAUGUAUCAGGACAAGCUGGCUUCUCUGAAACGACAACUGCAGCAAUUGCAAGAAGGCACUUUGCAGGAGUAUCAGAAGAGGAUGAAGAAGUUAGAUCAGCAAUACAAAGAGAGGCUGCGCAAUGCAGAUCUCUUUCUGCACCUGGAGACGGACCAGGUGGAGCGAAACUACAUCAAAGAGAAGGAGGCGGCCGUGAAGGAGUUUGAUGACAAGAAGGUGGAGCUGAAGGAGAAUCUCGUCGCCGAGCUGGAGGAGAAGAAGAAGUUGAUUGAGAACGAGAAGUUAACCAUGGAGCUGACUGGCGAUUCCAUGGAGGUCAAGCCUAUCAUGACGCGCAAGCUGAGGAGAAGACCCAACGAUCCCGUGCCCAUUCCAGACAAGAGACGCAAGCCGGCGCCUGCGCAGCUCAAUUAUUUGCUCACAGACGACCAGAUCAUGGAAGAUCUCCGGACAUUGAAUAAGCUCAAGUCGCCGAAACGAGCAGCGUCGCCGUCGUCUCCGGAGCGCAUGCCCUCGGCGCCCGCCGAGUACCCGGCGCAGCGCUUCGAGGCUCGCAUCGAGGACGGCAAACUGUACUACGACAAAAGAUGGUACCACAAGAGCCAGGCCAUCUACCUGGAGUCCAAAGACAACACCAAGAUCAGUUGUGUCAUUAGCUCAGUGGCCACCAAUGAGAUUUGGGUGAGGAAGACCAGCGACAGCACAAAGAUGAGGAUCUACCUUGGACAGCUGCAGAGGGGAGCCUUCGUCAUCCGCCGGCGGUCGGCAGCUUGAAAAGAGCACCCCCCCCCCCCAACCAAGUGUCAAUUUGUACAUUUGCCCAAACAAACGUUGGUUGUGUUUAUGUAGGCCGUCCAUCCGAUUUUUAUUCCCUUUUGACAAAUAAACGAGCUCAAGCCAA